GGCACUGGGCCUCAUCCAGACUUGCAUUGAUUGCAGACGGAUCGAACACUUCUCAAUAUCAGUCCUUUACACCCAAGUCCCAGAAUACCAAGAUGUCUCUCCGCGCCAUCUUGCUCAAUGGCUUGAUAGCUCUGCCAGUUGGCCUUGCUCGUCCUGCCCCCCAAAUGGGAAAUUACGGAGAGAACAAAGGUCCUGUUGGAGGCGUGAAACCGCCUACACCAACAGUGACUUCUACAAGCGGCUCGCUCUACGGCGACUCAAGUUUGCUUGGAGGAAAUGCUCCCCUGCCAGACCCGGACGAGUCCGAUUCUGCGAUUGUGAAUGAUCCUAAGUACGUCAACGGCCAGGAUGCAGACGCUGAUCUCGGGCUGUACCUCGAUUUCGAUGAUGCAGACCCGCCCCAGCCUAUCCGAGGCGGCUUAGGAGCUACAGAUCCUGGUCCUAGAACUUACGAGUACGAGAAGUUGAAUCCAGACCUGUAUGCUCCUCCUGGCACGGAUACCGGCGAUGUGCCCAACGCAAUGUGGCCUCUUGGCCUCUCCCAUAAUCGGCACGGGAGUCAAGCUGGUGCUGGAUGGGCCAGGCAACAGAACCAGGCUGUCCUCCCCCAAGCGACGGCUAUGGCAGGCGUUGACAUGCGCCUCGGCCCUAACGCAUACCGUGAGCUCCAUUGGCAUACUGCAAGUGAGUGGGCUCUAAUCACAAAGGGCUGCGUCCGCGUUGCCGCCAUCAACGAGGAGGGGAAGAGCUUUAUCGAUGACGUGUGCGCUGGUGAUGUUUGGUUCUUCCCUGCUGGAGUGCCGCAUAGUCUGCAGGCCAUGGACAAGGGCGUGGAAUUUCUCCUCGUCUUUGACCAGGGCGACUUCUCUGAGGACGAAACGUUCUUGGUCUCCGAGUUGUUCCUCCGCAACCCGGUCUCUGUCCUUGCCAAGAACUUCAAAACGGAUACCUCGGCCUUUGACAAGAAACCCACUGAUCAACUUUAUAUCUUCAACGGAACGCCUGCACCGAAGGAUAUUGAAAAGCAAAACAUCACAUCGUCAGCUGGGGCCAUCUAUGGCAAAGACUCUUACACAUAUCAUUGGUCGCUUCAGGAGCCACACACCGUUCCUGGAGGAUCUGUUAAGAUCGUUGACCCUACCACAUUCCCUAUCGCCGAGAGAUUCUCAGCGGCUCUCGUGGUUGUGCAGCCAGGAGCCUUGCGAGAGAUCCAUUGGCACACCACAUCUGAUGAGUGGAGUUACUUCCUCCAGGGAAGCGCCCGUGUGACAGUCUUCAAGGCACCCGAAUCAGCCCGAACUUUUGACUUCACCGCUGGAGGAGUUGGGUAUAUUCCGGUCGGCAACAGCCACUACGUGGAAAAUACUGGCACAGAGGAUUUGAUCUUCCUUGAAGUAUUGCAGGCAUCCAAAUUCUCUGACGUCUCGGUUGCACAGUGGCUUGCCCUUACCCCGAAGCAAGUUGUCAAGGACCACUUGGGCUUUUCUGACGACCUGAUCGAUUCGCUCCCGAAAGAGAAGGAGUUUAUCAAGACUGGGGAUGUGAAUCUGACGGCAAUUGCGGACGAAAAUUGAUACAUGACUGAUUAGAGUUUCUGUAGCUGGAUGGCCACCCACUCAAUGCGUCUUAUGCAGCGAGUCUAUCCUCACAUUACUUUCUGUGUAUAUCUACAGGCUGUUAUCUUGCCUACUAAAUAUCAUAGACGUUUAUAUCGGUCAUCCUCUCAACAUAGUUCGAUUGGGAUAUUUGGCAAUAACAUUCGUCGAUUAGAAAUGAGCAUCACAAGAUGGCAUGUCAUUUUUCACCCUUACUCAAUAUCACCGAAUAAAUCAGAGUCGUACAGGAUUUGGAAACAAUAGAGUCCCGCAUUUACACAAUCAACACGACACGUCGUACCAGACGAUACAACCGAUACAGUCAAGUUCAGCAGGUACAUUAGUCUAGGAAGUCUUGAAUGCAAGCACCAUAUUAGCCGAUGGUUACCAG